CCCUAGUCUCUAUUGGCAUUGGCAUUUGUUACUUGAUCGUAAAGUUGGAGCCGAGUAAGAAAAUUGGUGAGAGAUCGUUGCUUGUGAAAGGGGAAAUGGUGCUUUCCGAGAAUGAGAGUUUUGGAAAGGACCAGAAGGAACUGGUGAAUGGUCCCAAAUCGCCAUGGAGGACGCCCGUCGCGGUUCCCAAUACGAAGCCUAUUCAGUCUGCUGCUCGUCAUGAUCAAGCUAAUUUGCCUCCAUCCUCUGCCUCACGGACUCAGAGGACAGUUGAGCCGCAAAAAAAUCAUAGAUAUGGAAAUCAAAACACUUCACAUAAUAAGCAAGGUCCAUUACGUCAUCAGAAAACAGGUUACAGAAACAAUGCACAUGGAGGACCUCAUUUACCUGUUUCAAUUCCUUAUCCUCAACAAUUACAUCCUGUCGGUCGUGGUAUGGUAACAAUGCCAUUUUAUCAAGUCCCUGGAUAUUCGUACCAGCCGUACCCUACAUCCUUUCCAACCAUGGAAAAUAGCUUGAUUAGGUCUGGGGAAUCUACUGCUCAAUUUUUUAUUCCAUCAGCCAGGGGAAACGAUGCAAGAUAUAACAUACAAGAACCUGCUGGUCAUUUCAAUCCUGCAUGGAAUGGUCAACCAACGUUUGUUCCUAGAGAAUACGCUACUUUGCAGCAAAACACUGGCCCAAUGCCUUUCCUAAUGCCUCCAGUUUUUGUUCAUGCACCUCCCUUCAUUGGUGGACCAAAUCAAACUGGUCCUCCUCCACCUGGAUCCAUUUAUGGCCUCCCUCCACAUCCGGGCCUCAUUGGUGUGCCAUAUGCAUCACAGUUUGUUCCAAAUUCUCCAAGUCCCGUCACGUAUAUGAAACCACAGGAGACCUUAGUUCCAAAAUCCAGUAUAAUAAAACAAAUUGAAUAUUACUUUAGUGACGUGAAUCUACAGAAUGAUCAUUACCUGCGCUCUUUGAUGGAUGACCAAGGUUGGGUUCCAUUAAGUAAUAUUGCUGACUUUAGAAGGGUUAAGGAAAUGCACAUAGACAUAGCAUACAUAGUUGAUGCUCUUCUUGGUUCUUCUGUUAUUGAAGUGAAGGAGAGUAAGAUCCGAAUACGUGAUGAAUGGUCAAAGUGGGUGUCAUCUUUCAAAAUAGGAGAAAUGUCCUCAACAAUUGAGAAAUCACAGGAUCAGUCUGCAGAGGAGUCUAUCACUUCUUUAAAGAAUGAACUAGAUGAAAGCUUUGAUGAAAAACAAACAGAUUAUGGAAGAUCACUGGAGCACUUAUCAUUGGAUAACGAAACUCUAAUUUCUUGUACAGAAUCAGACCUAAAUGACAAGAAGCAUCUGAUUAUCAGUGACAUGGGCACGUUUGACCGGAAAACUGAUGAUUCAUACAAGGGAAUGAGUUCAGAGUGCUAUAAUAAAUUUACUCAGCUAGGAAAUAUUGACAGCCCAGAUCAAUCUUCAGGAGUCAAGUCUGCUAAUUUCAUUGGAGAACGAGAUAUUGAAACUGACACAAUGGAAGUGUCAUUAGAACCAGCUACAGAGCAUCUGGAUAACCAAGCUGAUGAUUUUGGAAGCACAUUCAUGCUGGAUGAAGAACUAGAAGUUGAGUGGAAAACGGAGAAGGAGCCUUUAUCUUCAUCAAGAAGAAAUAUUGCUGGAAGAAUUGAUGAUGAGGAUGAUGAGCAUGAGGAUGAUGAGAUGAUUUUCAGUGAUCAGGCUAUAGAGCGGCUUGUAAUUGUCGCCCAGAAUAAUGAAAGCAGAGGAUUUGGGGCUGCGGGUAAAGAAUUGAAGUCUAUCUCCAAAGAGCAGGCUUCUACUAUUAAUGAUGGCCUUAACUUUUUUCAACAGGAACUAAAAUCUAAAAGAUAUCGCAGAAAAAUUUCUACCAAUAAUCAGGCAACUUCUACUGCAAAACCUGGUGAUCAACCUACUGGAAGCAGUAGUGAAGGCCAUGUAAAUAUUAAUUCUAGAAAGAAGCAAAAUAGAAGCUUUUCGAAGCAACAAACAACCCACAAGCCACAGUUGUUUUUUAGUUGCUCCAAGAAUUAUGGAACCUCCCAGAACUCACAUGGCAUUGUGUCAGAGAGCCCACCUAGUUCAUCUGUUGGUUUUUUCUUUGGUUCUACUCCCCCUGAAAGUGAUAGCCUGAGGUCUUCAAGGCUAAGUGCUUCUCCACAAGGAAAUAUUUCAGGCUGUAGUCCCCCUGUGGAUUCCAUGCCAAAGUCAUUUCCACCCUUUCAACAUCCAAGUCAUCAGCUUUUAGAAGAAAAUGGUUUCAAACAUCAAAAGUAUCUGAAGUAUCUGAAGCGUUGCUUAAAUGACAGAAAGAAGUUCGGAACUGGUUGCAGUGAGGAAAUGAAUAAGUUAUACCAAUUUUGGUCAUUUUUCCUUAGAGAUAUCUUUGUAAGUUCAAUGUAUGAGGAAUUCCGGAAAGUAGCCCUAGAAGAUGCUGCUGCUAGUUAUUAUUAUGGACUGGAAUGCCUAUUCAGGUUUUAUAGAUAUGGCUUGGAGAAAGAAUUCAAAGAGGACCUUUAUGAGGACUUUGAACAUCUCACACUGGAUUUCUAUUCUAAAGGAAAUCUAUAUGGGCUUGAAAAAUAUUGGGCAUUUCACCACGAUCGUGAGAUAGGCGGAGAGCAGAUACCAUGUUUGAAUAAACAUCCAAAGUUGGAUAAAUUGCUGAAAGAAGAGUUUCAAAGUCUUGACGACUUUCGUCGUGCCAAAAAAGACAAGGAGACAAACAUUAACCAACAACAUUAGCGGGUUAUUAUUUUAGACAUGAAUCUGAUGAAGAAGAGAAGAGAGGAGAGAUCUAACGACAGCUUAUUGAGGGGGAUGAUUUGGCGACCAAGUACUGUUUUUUAUUUUGUUGGGUUUUUAAUCGGUCGGGACGCUAAACCAGUUUUGUUUAGUAUUUUGCUGUUGUUAAGAGGCAGCCUAUGAAGGGGUUUGCUGGAGAAGUUUCGGUCUCUACCCAAUUUUUUUAUUUUUGCUUGUACAUAUAACAUAAUUUUGUUUACCAAUUCAUACAUUUUUUUUUAAAUAAUUUAGGAACCUAGCAUGAUCCUCGUUUUACCAUGAGGUAUAUUUUUUUUAGUGGGAAUAGAAUCUUUUGUUUGAGGUUGUUUUCA